AUGAUCCAAGGCUACGGAUCGGUCACACAAGCGCUGCUGGGAACGCUUUUAACAUGGGGACUCACAGCGCUUGGAUCGGGCUUGGUGGUGCUGCUCAGAGGCAAUCAACGGAAAUCAUUGGAUAUUUCACUCGGUUUUGCGGCCGGUGUCAUGAUUGCGGCUUCUUUCUGGUCGUUGCUGGCUCCGGCGAUUGAACUAGCGGAAAACUCACACAUGUACGGCAGCAAAGGAGAGUUUGCCUUUAUCCCCGUGGCUGUAGGAUUUCUGCUGGGCGCUAUUUUUGUGUACGGCACUGACAAAAUCAUUUCCUAUCUGGGCAUUAACAGCCCGACAAUGAUGAUUGCACUUACGCACGCAAACAAAGACAAAGCUGACAUUGCUAUGGACGAUCAAGUAUCUGCUGAGCAUGGCAGAAGUUCGUACGCUGGAGUGGCCCCAAAUUCGACGGACCAUGCGCUUGCCAUCGGAAUGGAUAGUUUUGCAGAUUGUCUGAACGCACAGCAUGGUAGCGUGUCGCGAAAGCGCAGGAAAGGAAGUUCUACGGCAUCGGUCAAGGAACAGUCGGUGUAUACAAACAAUAGCCAAAGUCAGCUGGAUGCACAACUAUCCCAGUGGAAACGAAUCAUGCUGCUGGUGGUAGCCAUUACUGUGCACAACAUACCGGAAGGUUUGGCCGUGGGUGUCAGUUUCGGUGCCAUUGGCACCACUGAAUCGGCCACAUUCGAGGCAGCACGGAACCUUGCAAUCGGCAUCGGUAUACAGAAUUUCCCGGAAGGAUUGGCGGUGAGUCUACCUUUACACGCCGCUGGAUUUAGUUUGGGGAAAAGCUUUUGGUACGGGCAAUUGUCCGGCAUGGUGGAACCCAUAUUUGGAGUACUUGGUGCAGUUGCUGUUAGCCUUGCGACUAUUAUACUUCCAUACGCGCUAUCUUUUGCUGCCGGUGCCAUGAUCUACAUUGUGGCGGACGAUAUUUUGCCCGAAGCACAUGCAAGCGAUAAUGGACUUAUAGCUACUUGGGGCACGAUUGCAGGCUUUGUGGUGAUGAUGUGCUUAGACGUGGGGCUCGGAUAA